AUGACAAGAACUAAAAUAGAACCUAAAUUAACUUUAACUGUCAGCCUUAACUCCCGUUUAUUUAAAAGACUCAAAAGCGAAAUAGAACCCCGCCAAGUCAGUGCUUUCGUUGAAAAAGCUAUAGCCAAAGAAUUAGGUGCUUAUGACCAACAACUAGAAAGGGAGCAGCAAAAGUUUGUUAAGAAAUUAAUUGACG